AGACGAGUUCACAGAAGUCAAGCAAUGUCUCCGGUAAUUCCUACCCCGAAAACUUGGAAAGAAACGAAUCGUUUGCACAAAGAACAACGUAAAAAGUGGCGUGAGGAAAGGUUAGCAAAGAAGUUUCAGAAAGAGGAGGUCAAGAAAGAAUUGCAGAAAGAAUUGGAGAAACCCGUUGAGGUACACUUCGAGAAGAAGGAUGUUUCGACUGUGAGCAUCGCGGUUCCUGGUUCGAUCUUGGACAAUGCUCAGUCCCCGGAAUUGCGAACGUAUCUGGCAGGGCAGAUAGCACGUGCAGCGUGUGUUUAUAAAGUAGACGAGAUCGUAGUUUUCGAUGAUAAAGGAGAGGUAAUAGAGAGUGAUAAGAAGAAAGUAAGAACCGACGAUUUAUUAGGCGAAAGGCGAAUCGGGUGUUUGCAGCUGGCUAGAAUAUUGCAGUAUCUUGAGUGUCCGCAAUAUUUACGAAAAUACUUCUUUCCUAUUCAUAAAGAUUUACAAUAUGCUGGAGUAUUAAAUCCUUUGGAUGCACCACAUCACUUACGUCAACAGGACGUGUCUUUGUACAGAGAAGGAGUCAUUACCAAUAAGCCUGUUAAAGCUGCCAAAGGUUCUCACGUGAACGUUGGAUUGUUGAACGAUGUUCGUGUGGAUAAAGUGUUAACCACUGGAAUAAGAGUCACAGUGAAGAUACCUGAAGGUCAAUCAAAUUCCAAGAAACUGAAAGGAUUCAUUGUACCACCAGAUGUUCCCAGAUCAAACACUGGUAUAUACUGGGGGUAUUCUGUAAGACUGGCUGAUAAUCUUACAGAAGUAUUAACGCAAUGCCCAUACAAGGAUGGAUAUGAUAUGACUAUUGGUACUUCGGAUAAAGGAAGGUCCAUUGACGAUGUGGAGCCUAAAAGUAUUGAAUAUCAUCAUGCUUUGAUAGUAUUCGGAGGAUUGUGUGGACUGGAAGCAGCAGUGGACAGUGAUUCCAAUUUGGAUGUGGAUGAUCCUUCUUUGGUAUUUGAUAAAUAUUUAAAUACCUGUCCCCAACAAGGAUCAAGGACUAUUAGAACAGAGGAAGCUAUUCUAAUUACUUUGGCAGAAUUAAGAACAAAAUUGUCUCCAAAAAUUACUCCAUUACCAAACUCACAGUUUAACAGUUUUGUAAGCAAUUAAGCUAUCAGUGUUUUCAAGUAAAU